CAAACACCCCACGUGCGAACUGUAGACUGCAACACUUGCAACUGUCAUUGAGAAUUGUUGACAGAUCAUCAAUUAAACUUACUAUAGAUAAUGUCGUGGCUCUUCGGCUCACGACAGCCGCCCCCGGGCGGGGCAUACCCGCCGGUUAUCCCUCCUCCAGGGGACGCAGGAGGCAGUGACAAGGGGGGUCAGGACGGGAAGACUCGUUCGGACGCCUACAGUUUCGACUCCGCUGCUUUGGAACGAGCUGCAAAGGCUGCGCAGACGCUAGAAAAAUCUCCCCAUGCCAAAGAUGCAUUGGAGUUAUCCAAGCUGCAGGAGAAGACCUCACAAAUGGAGCAUCAGAAGGGGAUCAAGGAGAUGGAGGUUCAAAUAGAGCAGAUGAAGAUGGAGCAGGCCGGGGUGCUGAUGGAGGAGAAGAGGAAGCUCCUGCAGGAGGAGACGAAGCAGCAACAGCAGCGCUCACAGUAUCAGGACCAGCUGGCACGCAAGAGAUAUGAUGAUCAGCUGGCUCAGCAGGCUCGACUGAAUGAGGAAAACAUUAGAAAGCAGGAACAAUCAACAGAAAAACAGGAACAAAUGAAACGAUCAACAAUGGAGUACCAGGCAGAGUUGACCCAUAAGUACGAUAUGAAGAGGGUGGAGGCAGAGCUAAGGGGGAAGGCACAGAUUGAACGGGAAAACCAGGACAUAAUCAGGGAAAAUAUACGCCUCAAGGCCCAGGAAAACAGGCAGACUAGAUUGGAAACUAUCAAGACAGCUGGGGCUGUAUUAGGGGAGGGUUUCAAAGCUUUCAUUGCUGACUGGGACAAGGUUACAGCGACUGUGGGAGGCCUGACGAUGGCAGCACUGGGGAUCUAUGGGGCCAAGUACAGUAUAGGCGUGGCUGCACGCUACACAGAGGCCAGGCUGGGAAAACCCUCCCUAGUGAGGGAAACAUCGAGAAUCUCAGUCAUAGAGACAUUGAAACAUCCUAUCAAAGUUGGCAAGAAGCUUUUUAAAAAGAAUGAAGAAGUGUUAAGUGGUAUAAUAUUAAGGCCUUCCUUGGAAGAACGGUUACGAGAUGUAGCCAUAGCAACACGGCAUACAAAGAAGAAUAAUGGUUACUAUAGAAAUCUGUUGAUGUAUGGACCGCCUGGUACAGGAAAGACCAUGUUUGCCAAGAACCUUGCCCGUCACUCUGGGAUGGACUAUGCCAUCAUGACAGGCGGAGAUGUGGCCCCCAUGGGCAAGGAAGGGGUCACGGCCAUGCACAAGGUGUUUGACUGGGCACAGACCAGCAGAAAUGGAGUUUUACUGUUUGUCGAUGAAGCAGAUGCUUUCCUGAGGAAAAGAAAUAGGGAAUUAAUCAGUGAAGACAUGAGGGCUACACUCAAUGCAUUUUUGUACAGAACUGGUGAGCAAUCAAACAAGUUCAUGUUGGUGCUGGCCAGUAACACCCCGGAGCAGUUUGACUGGGCCAUCAAUGACAGGUUGGAUGAAAUGGUCGAGUUUAUGCUGCCGGACAUCGAGGAUCGACAGCGACUAGUGCGACACUACUUUGAUAAAUACGUUCUGCAGCCAUCAUUAGAAGCUAAAGGGCGAUUGAAGGUGGCAGAAUUUGACUACGACAACAAAUGCACAGAAAUCGCCACGCGAAUAGAAGGUCUAUCCGGCAGAGAAAUUUCCAAGUUAGGGGUAGCAUGGCAGGCCUCAGCUUACGCCUCAGAGACAGGUGUGUUGACGGAAGCCAUGAUAGACGAGAAGGUCAACGACGCCCUGCGCUCCCACAGCAAGAAGGUCGUCUGGCAGGAAGACCAGACUCUCUACUCCUACGAGAGUUCCAAGAAGGUGCAGCCCACUCAGUCUCACAAGGGGGACUCCAUGGCGAUACCCAAGGGGCCAUCAGGGGCCACCUGAUAGCUCCACACCGGGCCAGACCAGCCAUAGUGGGGUCGAAGUCUAGUGGACCAGGGGUGCACCUUGCACACUGGCCUAGUAUAUCACUGCCUUCCUUCAAGAUGUAAGGAACUCAUAGGCCAGGGGUGACAACUCUAUGAGACCUUGUGAACAUUCUGUUACAGGAGUGAUGGCCCUUUUAUUGAAGUGUAUUUGGUAAAGUUUGUCACAUGUUAGAGUAAGCUCUCUGAAAGCUUUGUAGAGUUUUAAAUGAUAUAUAUAUAUAUCAUAUAAUGUCAUAAACAGCAUGAUGCUGGUUCAGAUUGUAAACAGUCAUGAUUAUAAUAUGUAAAAAAAUUCCUAGGUUACAUGUCUAUAUAAUUUUAUAUUGUUUAAGUGUAUUAAAGUCUGCAUAAAAGUA